AUGGAGGUGUGUGUCAUUGCCAAGUGCACAUAUAAGUCGGAAACCAUCAUGUUUUCAGUUUCAUCAGAGUCAUCCAUGGUUGAUAUUUUGAAGACUUUGUGUCUGAGGUUUAGGGGUUUGCAGUUGGGUUGUUUCACAUUACGGUAUUCGGUGCCCAGUUAUCCGAGUUGUUUUCUAGAAAUGGAUAGCGAUUUGGACUUGAUGAGGACAUUUUUGUUGAUAUCAAAUGAGAAGACUGUUGAUAUUUUAGUGAAGGAUUUAUGCGGGAGCAGUGAAUAUAGUGGUGAUUUUUGUGUAAAUAAGGAGUUGAUAGCAUGUGAAAAGGGCGAGUCGUCGUGUUCUAGUACUGUCGAAGACAGAAACGAGUUUUUGGGCAGGUCGAAGAGAGCAAGUGCUAAGCCUUUGUUGUCGAAUGAGUGGGAGACAUACAUACAUCAUGUGGGGCAGAAGUUUGACGGUGGUGCAGAGGAGUUCCGGUUGAAAUUGUGCAAGUACGCUCUUGAAGUAGGAUUUAAUUUUUUAUAUGCCAGCAAUGACAAGAAGCAGGUGGUUGCUGUUUGUUCGAAUAAGAAAUUGGAGGGUUGCAGCUGGCAUGUUUAUGCUUCUCGUUGUGAAGCUACUGGCAGUUUUGUAAUUCGGACGUUAAAUAAUGUUCAUACAUGUGCAGGUCGGAUACGGGAAUCAAAGAGUAAGAUGAUGAGGUCUCGUGUGGUGUCCUCCCUCAUUGUGGACAGAAUUCGUGCAAAACCAGAGCUAAAGCCAGUUGAGAUUAUACACGAGUUCAAAGCUUACUAUGGUAUAGACAUUUCAUACUACCACGCAUGGUUUGGCAAAGAGUUAGCUAAAUUGGACGUUCACGGUGAUGAGUCGAAGUCCUUCAACGAGUUAGUGUGGUAUGCGGACGCUGUAAAGGAAACUAACACUGGUUCUCUCUGCACUCUUGAUUGUGAAGCUGGAAUUAAUCGCUUUCGACGGUUUUUUGUGUCUUUUGGCGGUUGCAUUGCUGGAUUUCAAUAUUGCAUACCCUUGUUGUUCAUUGAUGCUACGUUUUUGAAGAGCAAGUACAAGGGGCAGCUUCUCUGUGCUUCGGGAAAGAAUGGAAAUCAAGGUAUGGUUACUGUAAUGGUUUUAUUUCUAGCUUUUGGAGUUGUUGAUUCUGAGACAGAGGAGAAUUGGACUUGGUUUCUUCAACAUUUGGCUUCUAUAUUGCUACCGAUGGGGAGAGUGGUGACCUUUUUCUCGGACCGCAAUCAAGGUUUGUUAAAUGCAAUGGGGUUUGUGUUUCCCGGAUGGCCUCAUUCUUACUGUUAUUAUCACCUUAAACAGAAUUUGAUAUCAAAGUACCCGAAGUCAGGUUAUGGGAAACUGCUCCAAGACCGUGUUAUCAAUUUAUUUAGUAAAUGCGCAUAUGCUGUUACGGAGGAAGAGUUUAAGGUAGCAAUGGAGGAGUUGGUGAUUGUUGGGAGUUCGAAAGUGAAGGCAUUUAUAUCUGAUUUGUCUAGAGAUCACUAUGCCAACGCAUUUUUCAAAGGAAUGCGUUAUGGGGAGAUGGCAAACCGUUUAGCGGAGUCCUUUAAUAAUUGGGUUGGUGUGUUUCGAGAUUUGCUGGUGCUACCUUUGAUAGAAGGGAUUCGACAGAAAUUGAUGGUAUUGAAUGCUCAACGACGAAUUGAAGCGGAGAAGUGGACAACAGUUUUGUGUCUGGAGAUGAAAACUAGACUCUGUGAAAAUGCGGAGGCCGAUAUUGGGAAAGGAUUGGGCAGCAAUGGUUCUGCAGCUGGAGUUGUGCUUCCGCCAAUUACAAAGAGGCCAGCCGAAAGACCACCAACAAAGAGGAUCAAAGUUUUUGGUGAAUUUAAAAGGCGAUUGAAAUGCAGUCGGUGCAGUGUUGCUGGGCACAAUAGGAAGACUUGCAAGGCUAUUAUAUGA